GAUCGCUAAACAGAGAAUUAAUCGAUACUUAAACAAAAUAAAACAAAACGCUCGUCUUCUUCUUCUUCUUCUUCUUCGUCAUCUGCUCAGACAAAGAGACGGGAUCGCGACGAGAUCCCGGUGAUCAAAAAGCAAUAAAGAGUAAUCGUAAAGGGAAAAGGGCUUGAAGAUGCAUUCAUUUGGUUACAGAGCUAAUGCUCUGCUCACGUUCGCCGUCACGGCACUCGCGUUCAUCUGCGCAAUCGCGUCUUUCUCUGACAAAUUCAGCAACCAAAAUCCCUCUGCUGAGAUCCAGAUUCUUAACAUCAAUCGGUUUAAGAAGCAAUCCCAUGGAAAUGAUGAGGUCAGUUUGACAUUGGACAUAGCAGCAGACUUGCAAUCUCUAUUCACUUGGAACACCAAACAGAUCUUCGUUUUCGUAGCAGCGGAGUAUGAAACCCCAAAGAAUUCCCUGAAUCAGGUUUCUCUAUGGGAUGCGAUAAUACCUGUCAAGGAAAAUGCCAAAUUCCGGAUUCAAAUCUCCAACAAGUACCGUUUCAUCGAUCAGGGACAUAAUCUUCGCGGAAAAGAAUUUAACUUGACAUUACACUGGCAUGUCAUGCCUAAGACCGGCAAGAUGUUUGCUGACAAGAUAGUCAUGUCUGGUUACAGUUUACCAGAUGCAUACAGAUGAUGAAGGUUGAUGAGAAUAUCAAACAUUGUCUAAAAGUUUUUGAAUUUCAUUUUCAUGUAAGAGAUUUAUGAACCAGAAAACUAAAUUAAAAGUACUAUUGA